CAAGAAAGAGGACAGCUCAAAUUCAAUCUGGAUACCAGACAGGAAAGCUGGAGCAGGUUCAGCAGAGGCAACAGGGAUGGACAGGCGUCUCCUGCAAGCUGCCAUAUCGGGUGAUACCACAUCAAUGGUAUUGCAAGAGGGUCAGCAUGAGCCCGGCCUGCUGAUUGGAACGACUCCGGAGGGAAACACCUGCCUCCACAUAGCCUCGGCCCAUGGCCACCUGGGAUUCUGCACCCAUAUCCUGGAGAUGAACAAGUCCCUCCUCGACGCUGUCAACGCCGAUGGCGAGACGCCGUUGCUCGCCGCCGUACGAAACGGCCAAGUUUCAUUAGCUUCUUUUUUACUCAGUUACUGCCGCAAUCUGCACAUGAGCGCGACAAUCACGAAGCAAGAUAAGCAUGGAUGCAACGCGCUGCACCACGCCAUCCGCAGCGGACACGAGGAGCUCGCGCUCGCGCUGAUACAAGAAGAACCUGCCUUGACGAAAGCAGUGAACAAAUACGACGAGUCACCCAUGUUCAUCGCGGUGAUGAGAAACUUCAAAAACAUAUUCGAGAAACUGUUGGAGAUUCCUGAUUCUGCUGACGGCGGAACCUACGGAUACAAUGCUCUGCAUGCUGCCUUCAGAAAUAACAAUGCUGAUAUCGCCAUAAAAAUUGUUCAGGCUCGUCCUAAAUUGGCGAGACAAGAAUCGAACGGACAGUCGACUGCUAUGCACUUUGGUGUGCUGGAGAACAAGAUUGGUGUGCUAAGAGUAUUACUGGAAUAUGACUUCUCUUUAGGAUAUCUAGUCUGCACAGAUGGUGUCCCUCUUCUCAGUAGUGCCGCAUUCCGGGGCCAUGUUGAAGUUGCUCGAGAGAUUCUUAGACAUUGUCCAGAUGCUCCCUUUUUAGAUCAAACAGAUGGCACCACUUGUCUCCACACAGCUGUUCAAGAAGGUCAAACAAAAUUUGUGGACUUUGUUGUCCAGUCAAAUGAGCUUCGGAAAAUCAUUAACAUUCGAGACAAAGACGGUGAUACUGCUCUUCAUUAUGCAAUCCGGAAGUGCUAUCCAAAGAUCGUCGCUAUUUUACUGAAACAUCAAGAUCGAGACGUUACGAUGCUCAGCAACUCGGGUUGCCCCCCAAUCUGGGUACCUGAUGAUGCGGUCGACCACGCUAAAACGCUCAACUGGAAUGAAGUCUCCAUGCUUAUGUUGGAGGCUGACCCGGAAGACAAAGGUGAAAUUUAUAAUCUUAAUAAGUCAAUCAAACAUCAAGUAAUUGAAAACUCAAGAAAGGAUAUAAGGUCCUUGACUCAAACAUAUGCAAGCAACACUUCUUUAGUGGCAAUCCUCAUUGCGACAAUUACCUUCGCUGCUGCUUUUACCUUGCCUGGAGGAUAUAGUAAUGAUGUUGGAAGCGAGGGGCUUCCUAUCAUGGGUAGAAAGCUUGCCUUUCAGGCUUUCUUGAUAUUUGACACCUUGGCAAUAUGCACAUCGCUUACAGUUGCCUUUAUAUGCAUCAUAGCAAGGUGGGAGGAUCUUGAGUUCCUUCUUUACUACAGAUCUUUUACAAAGAAGCUCAUGUGGUUUGCAUACAUGGCAACCACAGCAGCAUUUGCAACUAGUUUAUAUACAGUUUUGGCCCCUCAUCUUCCAUGGUUGGCCAUUGCAAUUUGUGUCGUGUCAUUUUUGUUGCCCUUUAUCACUAAGCUUGUUGGUGAAUGGCCAAUCCUGAAGCUUAGGAUACGGUUGCGUGGAACUUAUGAGUCCGAGCUCCUUGAUUUGGUUUGA